AUGUAUCAAUAACGAUUUGAUUAUCUAAAAUUGCCUUAGUUAAUAGCCGAUAAUAUCAAAUUAAAUCGUAAAAAACUUUUCUAUUUUCCUUAGCAAGUAAUAUCAAGAGAGGAACUGGUUAAAAUGCAAUUAGAAAGAUCUUUAAAAACUAAGAUUACGAUUAAUUUGAAAGGAAUCAAAUUAAUUUAUUAACAUAAGAGCUUUAAAGAAAUAAAAAUUAUUAUCCAAAUUAUCAUACAGAUAGUUUAUUACUUAGAAUACUGUAUGCAAAUUAAUUUCACAUUCAAUCUUCUUUUGAUGUAUCUAAUUUUAUGAAACUUAGCAAUUGAUAUAAAGAGAUACUAUAUUAUCAUAACCUGCAUAUCUUGAUUUAAAUUAUGAAAUUGAAUCCUUAUAUGUAUAAUAUGCUAAAUAUAACGAAACUAGUAAAAGGGUGCCCUAUACAUAGAGGGAAGAACUUAAAAUCAAAUUCCUUGUAUUGUAAUAUCAACAAAAUUAAUAGUUGAUUUAGUUUUAUUCGAAAGAGCACUUGUCAUAUUAUUUAAAAUAGCUGAAGAUUUAAUGUUUUAUCCAGGUAAGGUGGAAUCAUGGAUUGUUGUAAUUUAAACUAAAGAUUAAGAUACUUUUAAGAUGCCUCUAGACAAAAUGUUAUAAAUUAUUAAAAAAUUGUAAACAUGUUUUCCAAAUUUAUGUUAAUUUAUAUAUAUAUUAAAUAGUACACUUUCAAUUAAUUUAUUAAUAUCAUAAUUAGAAGGUAAUUAAAUUCCUUAAUUUUAGAAUAAAUUGACCCAAUUACAUUAAAUAAGAUUUAGUAUUUGAAGGAUACAGAAAUAUCAAUUCUCUCUAAUUAAUUUAAUCCUUAAUAUUUAGAACAAUCUUUGGGAGGUCAAAAAAUAAUAUAAUCUUAUUGGCCUCCUGAUCCAAAUGAUUAUCUCUAUGAUAUGCCAUAAUAAUAAUAAUAAUAAUCGUUAUCCUAAUCUUAAUAAUAAAUCUAUUCAGAAGAGCCUUAAGUCUAUUUCUCAUAAUAAAAUAAUAAUAUGUAGUAUAUUAAUCAAGCUCCAUCCUAAGAAAAAGAAGUUUAACUUCCACCUCCUCUAAAUAAUCAAUUUUAUCAGCCUAUUGUUUAAUAAUAAAUGCCUUCUUGGGUACCAUCAGUGGAUAAAAAAAAAAAGUGUAUUUGUGUUAAGUGUUCAAGAGACCUUGAUGCUAUUGAAUCAUAACCUCGUAAACCUGAAUAAUUUGAAUCGUAACAACUUUAAAAUGUUGUAAUAUCUCAAUAACAACCAUAAUAAAAUUAAAAUACUUAAGUAUCUCAAUAACAACCAUUAUAAAUUUAAAAUGCUGUAAUAUCUCAUUAAUAACCAUUAUAAAUUGAAGAAGCAAAAAAGUUGAAAGAAUAGGAUGAUAUUUAUGUACCAUAUGAGAGAAAAUAUGAUAGUGUUUUAAAUGAUUCAUGUUUAUCUUAUACAAAUAAUCUAAAUAAUCAAUUAUUACUAAAUGAUACCUAAAAUAAUCAGCCAUAACUUGCAAAUUCAUUUAAUAAUAAUAAAUAGUAAUCAUAAUAAAAUGAAUAAAAAUAAAAUAAGUAAUCUUAAAGCUAUCCUUUUAAUGAUUUAAACUCUAUAAAUGGAUCACAAUAUUUAGAAUUAAAAUAAUAGCCUUAAAUUUAAAAAAAGGGUAUUAAUUAAGAAAUAUAAGCAAACAUUGAUGAUCUCAUAAAAGAUGAUUAGUCAGAUUAUUAACUUAAGCACAUUAAUAAAAAUAAUAGACCAUAUUAAGCUUCUCAAUCUAGCAGGUCAAGCAAUAAUAAUUAGAAUAUCUAAAAUGCAAUUAAUUUACCUUCUUAUAAUUCUUUAAAUUAAUUUGCAUUAUCUCAAGUACCAGCCUCACAACAAUACCCAUCUUAAUAAUAUAUACAAACAAUUCCAUAUUAACCUCAAAGUAAAUAACAAAUUAAUAGUCCAAUUAGGAGCGAUAUGAUUUAAUAAUAGCCAUUUUAUAUAUAGGAAUCCAAAUAAUACUUAAAUUAAAGUUAAGAAUACCAUUAACCUCAGAUUUCAAACGAUCCUAAAAAGAAAUAUGACUUUAGUUAAUGGGAUAAAUAUAAUGAUCUCAAUGAUCCUUAUCCAAUUUAAUCGUAUAAAU